AGCGCCUCGUCGUCCCGAGAACUCCACAUCCAUUCCCAAGCAAACACUGAAAAGUUCGCUAGCGUACGACUCGACCAGAGCCAACCAAACCAACAAGCAAGCAAGUAGAGAGACAGGCGCAGAGCGAAGAUGUGUGGUGGUGCGAUCCUCGCCGAGCUCAUCCCGAGCACGCCGGCUCGCCGCGGUGGCGGUGGCGGUGGCGCGGCGUGGCCCGGCGGCAAGGGCAGCCAGAGGAAGGCCGACGACUUCGAGGCCGCGUUCCGGGAGUUCCACGAGGACUCUGACGAGGACGAGGAGAUGACGGAGGUGGUGGAGAGCAAGCCCGCCUUCAUCUUCAGCGCCCCGUCGUCCCCAGCGACGAAGCCCAGGGCGGCGCGCCAGGAGCAGCCGAUCCGGCGCCGGAAGGCCGCGCAGCAGUACAGGGGCGUCCGGCGCCGCCCGUGGGGCAAGUGGGCCGCCGAGAUCCGCGACCCCGUCAAGGGCGUCCGCGUCUGGCUCGGCACCUUCCCCUCCGCCGAGGCCGCCGCGCUCGCCUACGACCACGCCGCGCUCGACGUCCGCGGACCCAGGGCCAAGCUCAACUUCCCCUCCUCCUCCGCCGCCGCCGCUGGGGCCCCAGCCAGCCGCAAGCGCGCCCGCGCCUCCGACGCCGCCUUCAUCGACCUCGUCGACCAAGAGGAACAAGAGCAGCUCACGGCGGCGGCGACGACGGCCUUGAAGCACGAGGCCGCCGAAGAAGCAGCCGGCGAGAGCUCCGGUGCACUCCCGGACUUCUCGUGGCAGGGCGUGCUGUCGGCGUACGACGAGUCCCCCGCCGUCGACGUGGAGGCCGGCCAGAGCGGCGAUAAGAAGCGGCCGAGGACCGAGCCGGAGAGCACCGAAGACGAGGCGUCGCCACGGGCCUCCUCCGGCUCCGAGCCGGACGCGCUGUUCGACGCGCUCCUCUUCGGCGACCAGUUCGCCUUCUUCGACGCCGGCGCGUACGAGUCACUGGACAGCCUGUUCAGCGCGGACGCCGUGCAGAGCAACGCGGCGGCGGACCAGGGCAUGCCGCUGUGGAGCUUCGAUGACGGCUGCCUCGUCGAGGACAACCUGUCGUUUUGAAGAGUUUCGACUGUUGCUGUGUCAGUUUUGUAAAUUACGACGUUUUGUGGAGUUUCUGCUGUACCAGUACUUGGCAGCCUGUAUAUGAGGAGUUGAAUGAAAUCAUCGUUCUCGAGAAAAAAAAAUCUGUCUAUCCAUGAAUACAAUGAGGACUUGUUUAGUUCA